GAACUGGAACUACAUGGGGGGCACCUGCAUGAGUCGGUGGCGGCGUCAGUCGGCUCUGCCAUCUCCAGCCUCAUGGCACCGCUGCAUCAUGAGCCGCAGCACGCACCCUUGCACCACGCUCCUCCACUGCACCAUGAACCGCUGGAGAAACUAAAGCUAUGGGCGGAGACGGGCGAGUUCCGGGACAGUGGUCAUUCCUCGCUUGCGUCAGGUGGUUCGGGUGUGGAUCAGUCUUCACUGUACGCACCACCGCGUCCGCGCAGGGACCGCAAACACACAGAUGACAGCAAUCGACCGUUAACAUCAGAGCCAACGAUAAAGACCGAAUCUACGACGCCCGGCGUUGGGCCGGACGAACCGUCGAUGGACGACAAAGGUGACAAGAAGAACAAGCGACAACGACGGCAAAGGACGCAUUUCACCAGCCAACAGUUACAAGAGUUGGAGGCGACGUUUGCGAGGAAUCGAUACCCUGACAUGUCGACGCGGGAGGAGAUCGCCAUGUGGACGAACCUUACGGAAGCGAGAGUUAGACGUCCCUCAGCGUACGACAAGCGGCAGGAGAUCCGAGGCAGGAGGCCGGAGAUCCCGGGCAGGAGGCAGGAGGGCGCGGGCGUCCGUCCUGCAAUAAUAUAUUUAAAGGAUUAG